AUGGUACUGGAUGCGUUUUAUUCGGCGUUUUCUUGGCUGCCUGUGGCCACUAUCGUGAACAAAAGCGUUUUCAUCGUUCACGGAGGGAUCUCCGAAAACACUGACCUCGAAGCGAUCAGUCUGAUCGACAGAUCCAAGUACAAGUCGUUCUUGAUCUCGCCGUACGAAUGGCAGUCGUCGCCAAGAACCGUUCAGAACGAGAUGAAGUUAUUGACGGACCUGUUCUGGAGCGAUCCACAGACCAAAAACGGAAUCGCAUCAAAUGUUUCCAGAGGAGCAGGCGUUUGCUAUGGACCAAACGUCACACAAUCGUUUCUAGAAAAGAACAAGCUCAAACUGCUCAUUCGCUCUCACGAGUGUGUUGUCGAUGGCUACGAGUACUGCCAACAAAAUCAGGUUCUAACGGUGUUUUCGGCGUCAAAUUACUACGCAACUGGCAGCAAUAAAGGUGCGUACGUGAAACUGAUCGGUCCCGAACUCGAACCUCAUUUCGUUCAGUACGUCGGAUCCAAGUCAUACGCGAAGACCCAAUUCUACGUCAAUACUUUUUGCGAUAUCCUAUGUGAAGUCACAAAGCUAUGCCUGCCAUGGCACAUGAUAGUCGGAUCGAUAGCUCGGAAAACAAGAAACGGGAAAUUUGUCUAUUACAAAACCAUUUUGGAAGGCUGCGACGUCUACCUGCGAAUGAACGAAAGGAACCCAAAAAUUCUAGAGGCCAUUUAUAAGAACAGCGACUUAUUAGAAUCGGUUUUCCGGUUCAUGGACAAAGACAGUUCAGGAUACAUCACAUUGGACGAAUUUGAAGACACUUGCCUGCUGCUCAACAAGUAUUCAAAUUCCCAACUAACGAAAAGCGCGAUUCGAAGCAUCGCAAAUACGAUGGAUAUCAACAAAGACGGCUCGAUAGAUCUCAACGAGUUUUUCGAGGCGUUUAGAAUGGCAAACCUGGUUUACUUUGCAUUGCGUAUGGAAAGAGAAAUUGUUCCAGGAAGGCUCAAGCUGAAAAAGCCGAUAAAAAAAUCAAAGAAAAAGAUCAACGAUGUGGCUAAAGUUUCGGUUGCUGCCGUAGCUCCAACCGGCAGAGUUGUUGAACCGGUUGUGCGAAAAACUAAGAGUGAAAUAGCUUUCGAACAGAGGUGGAAGGAGCUUCAGAUGCAGAGAAUCAUCAAAAAAGCUCAGAGCAGUCAUCGAGAGAAAGUGGAACAGUUCAAUCAGUAUCUGGACAGUCUUACCGAGCUGAACGAUAUACCGAAAGUUUCGUGGACAAAAUGA